GGGGUUUACUCAUCAAGUGAAGUAUUGCUUCUAGAGUGCUAGAUAUAUUUGUUCUUCGGGACAGACAUGGGAUCAGCGGGAUAGUAAGGAUAUACAGUGAUUUUAAGGACCUUAGACAUCAUGGCCAUUUUCCUCUGGCUUCUGUCUGUGUUGUUGCUACCCAGUGUGCACGCCUGGAAGUGUAUAGAGAUCGUCCCCGAUUCGGGAAAUAAAUUUGGCUAUCCCGUGGAGCUCGGAAAGGAAUUCACAGCCACAUGCAUCCUGCACCAUAAGGAUCUCAAAGCUGAAAACAUAUAUUGGACCUAUGGUCUUAAAUCGGUGAGCCUCCCAAAAGAGUACUACAGGAGGAUAAACGAGUCCGCGGGUAGCAUCACAGUCAACGUGACGGAAGAUAUGAUGGGUUUCUUCAAAUGUGUUAUUCCAAGCGAAAACACGUUCUACACCAACUGCAGCUCCAACACCUAUGGGAUUUUGCUAGAUAAAGGCUAUCCUCCAGAAAAGCCCACAGAUGUGAAAUGCCAGGCAGUGCAAGAUGGAGCCAAGAUAUCCAGUAAUGUGACCUGUCACUGGAACCCAGGAACAAGAGACCCUAUAAUGCACACCAAAUACACACUAUAUAUGGAAUAUUCAGGGAAGGUGUACAACAGAAGUGCGACCAAGAGCCAUGCGACAAUGGCACUGGAAAUCUUUCCACACCAUCUCGACCUGAAGAUUUGGGUGGAGGUUGAAAAUAGAUUGGGGAAGGUCACCUCUGAUCCCCUCAUGCAAGAAUCAGAAAAUUUGAUCAAAACAGAUCCACCAAGCAAGGUGAAGGUUACUUCAGAGAACGUGUUCCCAAUGUCACUUCUCAUUCAGUGGACGGAAUCCAUUCACCAAACCUAUGUGGUGUUGAAGUACAACAUUAGGUAUUGUGAGAAGGGAUCUCACACCUGGACUGAGAUUAAAGUACCUCGCCUGCCACCAAGAGUUAUCAAGGUGCCUCAGGAGGACACCAAAGGUUACAUGGACUCCUUCCGGCUCCAGGCCCUGAAGCCGUACACCAAGUAUGUGGUGCAGGUGCGCUGUAAGAGCAACAAAGACCUGGGCUACUGGAGCGACUGGAGCCGCAAUGCCACCGCCAGCACUCCAGAGGACCGGCCUUACACUAAGCCUGUGCUAUGGAUGAAAGCCCGUUUGGAUGAUGCUCAGAGGACUGUUCAGCUCUUGUUGAAGAAACCAGUGGUGGCAAACGGGAAGAUACUUCAUUAUGAGAUAAGCGUGGUUGAGGAUGGCAAAUCUACAAAAUCUUCACUUCCCUUUGAUGAUAAAGAGCCUUUCCAAAGGUUUAACUUCACCUUGCAAAGGCAGUGUGUCGUCGCUUAUGUUAAUGUCACUGCAAAAAACUCUGCGGGGGAAUCACCCCCAGCAAAUAUGGCUGUUCUAUUAAAGGGUCAAGAGCUUCCUGCCGUGGACAGUCCGUUUGCGUUUGCCCAGGAUGACUUGCUCUGGGUGGAGUGGAGUGCCCCUAAGGAAGAUGGUCUCGUCGAGUACGUGCUGGAGUGGGUGUCCCUGGUGGAUGGGGAGUUGAACUGGCAAAAGGAACCGCGCAAUGCCACCAAGGCUUACCUCAAAGGCAACCUGCAGUCCUUUGUACCGUAUAACGUGACUGUGGUCCCUAUCUACCAUCGAGGGUGGAGGUCUUCUACCAAAGUCAUACACCUUACUCUACCUGGAAAUCUCAACACAAUCACAGCAUAUCUGAAGGAAGGGCCGCCAGAGGUGGUCCCAGAGCCUUCUUUGGUCAAGACAUGGAAGAACAGUGCACAGCUGGUCUGGCCAGAGAUUCCUCUAGAAAAGCAGCGAGGCUUCAUCACCAACUACACCAUCGUCUACGAGGCCACCGGCAAGAGACUCUUGGAAACUGUGGUGCCUCUCGAUGUGCAUUCCUUCACACUUAAAGACUUGACCAAGGAAACAUCCUACAGUGUUUACCUUGUGGCCUCAACAGCGGCAGGCUCAACAAGAAGCACCACCUUUACUAUGACCACCCAAAAAUAUGAUCCAGGGGAAAUUGAGAUGAUUGUGGUGUCCGUGUGCUUCGGCUUCCUCUUCCUGACCAUACUGUUCAUCAGGCUGUGCUUCAAGAACAAAGAGACGCUCAAGAAGAAAUUCUGGCCCCAGGUUCCUGAUCCGUACAACAGCACUGUGGCUACGUGGUCUCCAGACCUAUCAGCCAGGACUGGUACGCCCAAAGAGGCCGCGCUGGGUGACCUGAGUGUUGUGGAAGUGGACGUGUUCGACCAGAAGUCGCUGUGCGACGAGGACAAGACCUCGCUUCCAGCACUCAAGAAGGACAAGUACCUGUCGGAGGAGCACAGCAGCGGCAUCGGCGGCUCCUCGUGCAUGUCCUCGCCCCGCCAGAGCGUCUCGGACAGCGACGAGGCCGACUCAGGCCAGACUACAGCCAGCACCGUCCAGUACUCCUCCGUGGUGGGCUACAAGGGCCAGACGCCGGCGGGAGCCGUCUCUUCUGCCGCAGCCUCCUCCUCCUCCUCAUCCUCCUCCUCCUCCUCCUCGCCAGCCACGUCUGCCACCGCAGCCUCGGCACACACCUUUGCCCGCUCGGAGUCCACACAGCCGCUACUGGACUGCGAGGAGCAGCAGGAGGGCAGUGGCAACCACCACCACCCUCCAGGCAGGGGCAGCUUAUUCAGGCGGCACCGCGGCUUCGGUGAUGCCGACAGCAGCGGUGGUAGCAGCAGCAGCGGGGUCGGAGGUAGUCCGAUGCAUCGGCAGCACCCGUCCGAGCAGGACGAGCUGGACUCCAGCUCCUUGGAGUUCUGUCCAGCCGAGGAGGCCUCGCUCGAGCAGCCCGCCGAGCAGCCCGCUGAUGCCCGUUUAGCCCGUCCGCCGUACAUGCCCCAACAGAGUGGCUACAGACCCCAGUGACCCCACGGAUCUGUGUCCACUUCCCGACCCACCCAUCACGCCCGCAGCCUCCCUCAUUCCCUGCGCACGUGCCUUUGUUUUACUGACAACCACAAAAGAGACAUUUCAGCAAGUGCAACAGUGAUGAACUGAUAUCCAUUGUUUGUUUGUUUGUUUAUUUUUGUUUGUAAUUCAUACCCAGUGAUUGACAGAUGCAGUUUUGCACUUCACUUAAAUAGCAGUGUGUAAGCUUUUGGAAACUGACGGAUGAACUCAGGCCAAAAGACGUUUCGUGCUCCACGCCUGGCCCUACCCACUGGCUUCACUCCUGUUUACUGGGCCUCAUUUCAGUAAGCAUUGCCCCCAUUUCAAAACAGGAACUGCAGAGUGGCGGUCUUCCAAUUAUUGUCUGACCUUGUUCUAAUUCACAUGUUGUGUCUUUGUCUUGUUCACCCUUGUGUAGUUGUAUGUAUGCCUUGAAUUUAGCCAACUGGUUAUCUGGUGGUGAGAGAUGUAGGGGAUGAGAAACAUCAGUAUUAAGAAUCAGUUCUGCCAGAAGCUAGAAAGGUGACAAAUUCACUUUUAGAAGAAAAGCAUGAGACUUCAGGCAAAUAGUGCAGUUACAUUUUGUUUUGCACACUAUUUUGGAGGUAUUUUUAAUGUUAUGGAAAAUGCAGGAUGUCUAGACAGCAUUCAAUGGAACUGUACACUGUACAGUUGUAGAGUGUACAAUGGAACUGUUAUGUAGUUGUAACUUGUCCUGCAAGUUGACUGAUCAUGUAAUUGAGGAGUGAUAUGACAUAUAUUGAUCAUAUGUAUAUUUCAAGUGUAUCAUUGUGUGUUGCUUUUUAUUUGCAUAAUUUUUUGAGUGCAGUUUUAGCCAUCUUAUUAUGGUUGUUACAUUUGUUGCUUUAGUUUGCACAUUUUUUUAAUCUUACUUGAUCACACGAGGCCAGAACUUUAUGUUCAAUUAUACUUCAAAAGUUAUUAAUUUACAUUAUUAAUUUAGUAAGAGAAAUCUUACUAACCAAAGAUGACCUAAUACCCAACUGUUCGGUUUAUGGGAUAUAUCUAUUCUGAUGUCUCAAGCUCCUGAAUGUUACUAUUUUAGGACAGUUCCCAGCUUGUUUGUAAGCAGUUUUUUUUCUGCUGUGAGUGUAAGCUGUCGUUUAUUGUCAAUAAUGUGCCUGUUUUCUUUCUUUCUUCUUAAUCAUACACUACAUGUAAUAUAAACUACACUGCUCUCCGUCUGCAUGGCUCUGGACCAUGUCUAUCUGGCAGAGCAAGCCAUUAGAAAUGCUUACAGCACUCAGCUGAAAUAAAAUAUGAAAGAUUCCCAAA